AUGGUGCUCAAGAUCCGCCACGACGCGCCCCACUUCACUGCCGAAGCCGUUGUCAAUGGCGAGUUCCAAACCGUGUCGCUCUCGGACUACAAGGGCAAGUACGUCGUGCUUUUCUUCUACCCCAUGGACUUUACGUUCGUGUGCCCGACCGAGAUCAUCGCCUUUAGCGAGAAGGCCGCAGCGUUCCGUGAACUCGGGUGCGAGGUCUUGGGCUGCAGCGUCGACUCCAAGUUCUCGCACUUGGCGUGGACCAACACGCCGCGGAAACAGGGCGGCCUGGGCGCGCUCGAGAUCCCGUUGCUGGCCGACUUUAACAAGGAGAUCGCCACGGCCUACGACGUGCUCAUUGACGCCGGCGACGACAUUGGCGCGACGUUCCGCGGCCUCUUUAUCAUUGACCGCGAGGGCAAACUGCGCCAAAGUACGGUCAACGACUGCCCCGUGGGGCGCAACGUCGACGAGAUUUUGCGGCUCGUGGAGGCGUUUCAGUUCACGGACGAGCACGGCGAAGUGUGCCCUGCGAACUGGAAGAAGGGCGGCAAGACGAUCAAGCCGUCGGUGGCCGAGUCGAAGGAGUACUUUGCCGCUGCGCACUAG